UUCCCCCCGUGGGACUCCCCGUUGGGGGAGUGGGGCCUUUCCCUGUUAAUUCUAACCCUCUGGUUUGGUGCAGGUCAACAAAGGGUGCCUCUAAGGCUCGUCGUGAUCUAAUCAAUGCUGAGCUUCAGACACUGCGCUCCCUGCUGCCCCUCUCUGCGCAGGAAAAGGAGCGGCUCUCCUACCUCCACACCAUGGCUCUGGUCUGUCUUCAGAUCCGAGGGUCACAGCUCUUUCCUCCAGGUCCAUGUACGCCGGCCAUUACCAAUGCUGUGAUGCCAGACCUGGAUCUGCUGUCCCUGCUGCCAGGGUUCAUCCUUGCUCUCUCUGCAGAUGGCAAGCUGGCCUACAUCUCUGAAAAUAUAACCCAGAUCCUGGGUUUCUCAGUGGUGGAGCUGCUAGCCCAGGGAGACUCAAUCUUUGACCUCCUGGACAACAGAGCACAUGAGACUGUGCAGAAGAAGCUGCAUGCUGCACAAGAACAGCCAGGCACUGAAAUUGCAUUUGUCAGUGAAAUGCGCACAUCCAGGUCCUUCCGAAUGAAAUAUGGAGGGAAUCGGACAGUGGCUGUGAGGGGGCGAUUUCUUGCUCUGAACAGAGUACCCACCUCCUCCAUUUUAACUUUUAUUGCUUUCUGCACUCCCAUCACACAAUUCUUGGAAGAUGGGCAUGAUGCAUCCAACGAUGUCCCAUUCUACAGCCAACACACAUUGAACAUGAGAGUCACUGAUGUUACAGAGAGUGUUGUUUAUCACCUUGGCUAUCGGAGGGAGGAGCUGAUUGGUCAAUCUUGGUACACUCUUGUACACCCAGAAGAUAUUGGUGUAGCAGCAGCCUUACAUGAGACUCUAGUGUGUGACCCUGGAAGCUGCCACCAGCACUUAAUGGUUCGCAUGCUAUGCAAGGACCUGAGCUGGGCCUGGAUGGGAAUCACAGCAUCAAGGGAGCAUGGAAGGGAGAUCAUCACCUGCAUUAAUGUCAGCCUCAGCGAGGAGGCAGCUCAACAUCUCCAGGGCCUGAAGCCGGGGCACGGAGCCGGCCCCGCAGCUGCACCCUGCCCGAGGCCCAGCGGCAGGCAGCGAGAGCAGGGGCCGCUGCCGAGGACGCUCAGCCCUUUCCCCCCGCGGGCGGCUGUGCCGAGCCCCGCGCCCGCCGCCGAGACUGGGCCGGCUCUUGCGCCGGGGGGCGCGCUCCUCCCCGCCGCCGCCCACAGGAGCCUUUACGAAGCUCUACCUAGCUCCGCCGCCCCGGCCCCAGUCCCCGGCCUGGCCGUGGGCUCCCCGCCGCCGCCCUGGGCGCUCAGCGCGUUGGCCGGGCACAUCCAGGCACUGGCCGACAGCCUGGCGCGCUACAGCCAGCUCCUGCAGCCCCACGCCGCGCCCAACCCGGAGCCCUGGUGGGACUGCAACGGCGCCGAGCCCACACUUAGCGCCCUCCUACAGCCCGCGCUGCCUGCCUCGCAUUGGGGCACCGCCGUCACCCACCCCAUAUAGAGCCGAGCGCACCCCUCGCUCUGCGCAUGCGCGAGUCUGUGCCGCGCUCCCAGCGCCAGCUCUGCAGCGCAUUUGCGUUAGUCCUAGCUGCGCACGCACCCCUUCCUCCCCCUGCUUCAGGUUGCGCAUGCGCUUCCUCCCACCGCGCCUUGCUGUCGGGGUGCGCAUAAGCUCUGCUCGCUUUGUUCUCCCCUUCCCCCCGCAUUCGCCACCCUUGUGACCCUAUCAGAGUGGCGGUUGCUGGGAGACGGGCCGGGGCCUGCUCGGCGUGCGGGCGGC